AUGGCAUUCCCUACCCUCCACGCCCGCGCAGAGGCCAAGCCACUCGAGCACCGCUCAUGUCUCACGCCCACCACAGCCAAGAAGCUGCUCGAUGCCGGCUACCCUGUCCUCGUCGAGCGUUCACCCAAGGACCCCAACUACGCCCGCAUCUUCGCCGACGAAGAGUUUGAGCAGGCCGGCGCAACACUCAUUGAAGAGGGCGCCUACAAGACAGCGCCCAAGGACCACAUCAUCCUUGGUCUCAAGGAACUACCUGAGGAUUCAUUCCCUCUUGAGCAUACAUUCGUCCACUUUGCACACUGCUACAAGCAACAAGGCGGAUGGGAGAACGUCCUCGCUCGCUUCCCCCGCGGUGGCGGUACUCUUUACGACCUUGAGUUCCUGCAGGACGAGUCGGGCAGGCGUGUAGCUGCCUUUGGAUACCAUGCUGGCUUUGUUGGCGCCGCCCUUGCUAUCAAGACGUGGGCCUGGCAGCUCACCCACCCCAAUGGCGAGCCCCUCCCUGGCCUCGAUGCAUUCACCGACGGCCGUGGUUACUACAACAACGAGGAUGAGCUGAUCGCUCAGCUCAAAGAAGACGUCGCCGCCGGUGAGAAGGUCGCGGGCCGUAAGCCCAGCAGCCUGGUUCUCGGUGCCCUGGGUCGCUGCGGCUCGGGUGCCGUCGACCUUCUCGAGAAGAUUGGUUGCUCAGAAGUCAAGAAGUGGGAUCUGGCCGAGACCAAGGAGCGUGACGGCCCCUACCCCGAGAUCGUCGAGUCAGACAUCUUUGUCAACUGCAUAUACCUCUCCAAGCCCAUUCCUCCCUUUGUCAGCAAGGAGAGCCUUAAGUCACCAAACCGCAAGCUGAGCGUCGUAUGCGAUGUCUCUUGCGACACCACCAACCCCCACAACCCUAUCCCCAUCUACGAUAUCAACACAACCUUUGACAAGCCCACGGUCGAGGUGCCCGUCGAAGGCAACGGUCCUAGACUAUCCGUCAUCUCCAUUGACCAUCUGCCAUCCGCACUUCCCCGCGAGUCGUCAGAAGCCUUCAGCAAUGCCCUACUGCCUAGCUUAAUGGCACUCAAGGACCGCGCCACAACCCCUGUGUGGCAAGGUGCUGAAAAACUUUUCCAGGAAAAGGUACAGACGUUGCCAGGCGGUGUCCCCAAGAAGGAGGUAUAG